AUGCGAGAGUUGGAGAUUGUUCCACGGUUACCAUACUCUGCAUCUGCAAACCCGGAUUUAUUUCUAUGGCGUCAUGUAAUAAGAGUUCUUAACGCUAAGUUACUUUCACGCAGUGCUCGUUUUGUAAACUGUGAUGCAUCCGAAACAAUUCUGGUAAUUGCAGUAUAUAUUGCAUAUCAUUUGGGUGUUGGAAUGAAGUCAGCCGAACAAGCUUUUACUGAUGUUGCAAAAUACGAACAAGUUUGGAAACAAGAGGUAUACAGUAGAUGUCAAGAGGAUGGAACGCCGAAUUAUUUGGAAACAACUCGCAGUAGGAUCUCAAAUGACAUUAUGAAUAAUUGUGGCGAGAUAUCUGUUAAAAUCAAGCAACAUUUUGCUGGCAUCAAAUCGUUGUUACAAGAUGCUCGUCCAAACACUGUGGGUCGUUUCUUGAGAAGUUAUCCUAUUAAUUACAUCUCACACAAAGCAGUCAAUCCUUCAGCACAAUGA